AUGUCGUACAGACGAGUCGAAACAUCCGACCCACGACGCCCGGAGUUGGUCCGCCCGCUGGUGCUGCCCGCAUCGUGGAAGACGGACGAGAUCGACAUCUACGCGUCCUUCCUGGGAUCGGUGAGCAUGAUGAGCGGUGCCGCCAUGCUGACUCGGGCGCCCUACAUCGCGUACGCGGGCUUGAUCUUCGCCUGCGCUCACAUUGCGCACGACAAGCCUUUCAAGUCGAGCAAGACGAGAGAGGCGUCGACGGGCGGUCCUUGGAUGUCGUUGAUCUUUUCGCUUGUGGCUAUGAUGGCGCUGAUUUUGCCAAAGCGGGAUGCACGGGUUGCACGUAGCUUGCUCACACAAGCAUUUGGCUCCCCGGUGGUCGGUAGCGGACCAGCCACUGGCACAUCGACCAGACCAACCAAGACAAUCACGCUGCGCAACCUGUCCUCUUCGACAGUGCGCCCAACGUCUCGAUACGUGACACAACGUCGGCUUUUUCCCAUGCACUCGACACAUCGACCUUCAACACCCACAGCAAGCAUAUUCAGCUCGAGAGCCUUCUCGUCUUCGGCCGACUCGCCUGUCGCCGACUCUCCGAUCCCCAUCUUCACCACAGUGCGAGACUACCGAGCAUGGCGAGCACAAGCCACCAGGGAGGGCAAGUCGGUCGGCUUUGUCGCGACCAUGGGCGCGCUUCACGAUGGGCAUCUCAAGCUCGUACGAGCUAGCUUGGAAGAAAACGACUACACCGUCGUGUCGAUCUUUGUCAAUCCAGCUCAGUUUGCUCCCACUGAGGACCUUGCUUCGUAUCCACGCACCGUCGAAUCGGACAUCGCCAAGCUCGCCUCGAUAUCUCACCCUUCCGGCCGCAAAGUGGAUACCGCAUUCGUACCUAGCGUCAAGGAGAUGUAUCCAAACGGCUUCACACAGGUCGUAGCGGACCAGAUUGGCGCGUUUGUAGAGGUCAAGGGUCUCAGUCACCAGAUGGAGGGCGGGAGCAGACCCACCUUCUUCCGCGGCGUAGCAACCGUCGUCACCAAGCUCUUUCACAUCAUUCAGCCCGACCGCACCUACUUUGGUCAGAAGGACAUCCAACAGUGUGUUGUGCUUCGUCGUCUCGUCUCGGACCUCGUCUUUUCGCACCCACCUUCACCGGAACAUUUUCGCGUCAUUCCAACAGGUCGUGAUCCAAAGGACAAUCUUGCGCUUAGCAGUCGCAACGCAUACUUGACACCAGACUCACGGAAGGUCGCGCCGGUACUCUAUCGCGCGCUCAGGGCAGGACAGGAGGUGUGGGAGCAGUCGCAUUGGUCAGACACGGACAAGCAGGAGCGGAUCAAGAAGACGCUGGAUACUGCGAGAGCGGUAGUUCUUGAGGAGGUAGACCGGUGCAAGCAGGAUGGCAAGAGUGUGGACCUCAAGUUGGACUACAUCUCGUUGAACCAUCCAAAGACACUGGAGAACGUGGAGUCGCUGUUGGCGGACAAGGGCGCAUCGGCGAUCGACGUGAGCCAAGGAGCUAUCCUCAGCGGAGCAGCGUUGAUCAGUCAGGGCAACGGCGGCAAGGUCACUCGACUCAUUGACAAUCUCUUGCUCGGAUUCAAGCUGUAA